AUGAAAGAGGCUUCCACAGAGCUAGGCGAGCUCAAACACAGAAAAAGGGGCGAGGAGUCCUCGGAAUCUUCCACUACAAAAGACCAGAUUGGCGAAAAUGACGCUGGAAAUAAAUCCGCAGACCACUACAAGUCCAAGCUUUCAACCUUGAGAUACACCUUGAGACAAAUGUGUCUUCCGGUGGUCAGAAUGGAGACGGAGAUCUUGGCGGAUUUGCAGCUCCAGGUGAGACGCCCGUGGCUUGAUUUCUAUUUUGCCUGGACCGCCAAUUUGGCUUCCCAUACUUUCUAUGUACUCAUGCUCCCAGUUCCUAUCUGGUUUGGAAGCAGUGGGAUAGCCAGGGACCUUGUUGCCGUGCUUGGCUACGGAAUCUACAUUUCGGGCUUUUUCAAGGACUUCUUGUGCUUGCCCAGACCCAGGUCCCCUCCGCUUCAUAGAAUCACCAUGUCCUCAUAUACAACCCAGGAGUACGGAUGGCCUCUGUCCCACCUGGCCAACGCCACGGCGGUGACGUUGAUCUUGUUUGCCAAAUUGUGGGAUUUCCGUGACCUGUUCCUGGUGCUCCAGAUGGCGGCAUUAUCGCUUUUGCUCUUGUUAUACUACUUCUCGCUUAUCAUCGGUCGUCUAUACUGUGGUAUGCACGGAUUCUUCGACAUUUUGACGGGUGCCUUGAUUGGAAGCAGUUUGUUUGCCUUUAGGCGCUACUUGGGCCUGGCCUACGAUGCCUGGCUUAUGCUCUCGUCCAGAAACGACACUGUUUGGGGAAUAGCAGGUACGGUCAUCCUCAUAGUGCUUGGACACUUGUACCUCAUCCACAUUUACCCCGAGCCCGUCGACGACUGUCCAUGUUUUGACGAUUCGGUGGCCUUUGUCGGUGUGCUUAUCGGUCUCGACACCAGUCACUACUUUUUCAUCAUCACAGAAGCCAUUGCCCCAGGCAGAGACCUCAACAAAAUCCUUUCCAUUCCUUACUCGUUCGACAAACAUGGUGUUAUCUUUAGUGCUGUGCGUAUGGUGCUUGGAAUCGUUCUAGUGGUCAUCUGGAAAGCCAUCUCGAAGCCUGUGCUUUUCACCAUCUUACCUCCAAUCUACAAAUUCCUCGGUAUUUACCUCCCUCGCAGUCAGUUUAUGCCAACAGCACACUCCCACCUGACCUCUAGACAGAUCAGAUCGCAAUCGCUUUCAAACAUGGCCAACGAGCCCUUAUUGGAUGUCAACAAAGCCCUUAAAUCGGUAAGAGAAGGCGACCAAGACAAAGUCGGCCCAACCGACGACAUUGAUGCCUACGAGCUCCUUGCUUAUAGAAAAAGUCACCCUUCAGAGCCGCAGGUUGAGGUUAGCAUCAGUGGUGUUUUCAGAAAGCGCUACGAUGUGGAGAUCAUUGGUCGUACCAUCGUUUACGCAGGUAUCCCCUUUAUGGCGACGUGGGGUUUCAAGACAAUUACAGAGCUUUGCAAGGUUGCUUGA